GCUGCCAGAAAAUUGUUUUGCUUCAAAAGAACGCUAUUAUUAUUUUAAGAUUUUCAUUUUCGAUUAUUUUUUCUUGAAUAUACAACAUGUUCCGACCUCUUUAGCUUUAUUUUAUCUGUAUAUCGUCUUCAAUUCUUAAGGCAAAAAUGGAACAAGAGAAAAUUUAUGGUAUUCUACAGGACUGCAAUAACCAGAACCCACAAGACAUUGUCAAAAAAAUGAAGAAUGAAGAGGGUUUGAUAAAAAGUAUUAUUGAAAAUUUGUCAUGUCAUUAUAAAAAACAGGUCAGUCAUCCUCUGUACAGUACACUCUUCCAAUUGUAUCGCAGUAAUGAGAGGGAAGCGAGAUGCUUUGUGUUGCAGUUUGUCCCUCCCCUUAUAUGGAUAUAUUUGUCAGCCAUGACUCGACGAGAUAAACAGGGUUAUGGUAAACUGGAAGCUAUUUUCCUGGCUAUUUUCAAUACUGAAGCUGAAAAAAAUGCCGGACAACCCAACUCCAAGACAUUCCGCUUGCCUUCGUUAUCAAGGUCAUCUAUCUAUCAUGAGUCAUCACUAGAUGUUACAUCCCAGUCAGCUUUGACUGAGAGUGCACUAAGCCGUCAUGAGUUGAACGAGACCAACAUACCAGGGCCAAAGAAACAGCUAAAUAGAAUAACAGCCUCAAACAGGAUGUCAGUUCUGCAAGUAGCUGUCAAUCAGUACAACAAAAGUAUCGCAUUCAUGGACAAGGCAUCUCAUAAAAGCUUCUGGUUAAUGGCUUACAGAAUUGCGAUAUCCGGAUUUCCAAAUCAGUGUUCUCCAGAACCGGGUAUGAUGAAUGUGUCUGCAGAAUUUAUUAGUAACGAAGAACAAGCUAAACUAACAAAUCAUCCAAGGAUCCCUCUCAGUGCUGACUUAAUCCAGGAGCUGAUUCAUGGCUUGUAUUACCUGAUGUAUAAUGGAUAUGGUGUCGAAGCUACAGCAGCUGUGGAGAAGCUACACUACAGAGCAGCUCAUAGUCUGCUGGCUCAAGCUCACGUUUUAACUAAUGCAGUCCACCAUUCUUUGACUACUACUGGUGGUCUUCCUCACAAUGGACCCCUUGGUUUACAAGUGAAAGUGUCAGAUUCACACGCUGUCCCAGCCUCACCAGAUUUCAAAGAACCUCUCGUAGCAUUAGCCACCAAAGGCAUGAGUGUUGCUCCUCACGAUUUAAAGAAUCACUCGGACCGUAACGACGAAAUCCCCCAGAUCGACGGUGCUCCACACCCAGAGAAAAUACUCAAAGAUAAGGUGUUACGAACACAUGUCAAGUCUAGCAGCACAGGCCACUGGAAGAUGUCAUUACACCCGUAUAAAAUAGAGUACGAGUUAGAAACCCUCCCUUCCAAGGACACGUUGAAAGAGGAAAUUACUUCAGUCCAAAAUAUUGAUCGAAAAACGACAGCAGUCGAUGAGGGUAGUGAUGAUAAAGCUUGUUCCACAAAAUUUUAGAAAAUAUUGGGAGAAGGGUAUAACUGUUUUCACUCCGGUUUUUACUUGCCUAUUUUUAUGUUCCGACUUCAAUAGCAUUGGCUUUAUUCCAAUGUACAUAUGCCCCAAAAUCAAUGAGCGAUUUAACACAAUAGAGGAUUUGCACCAUCACGUGGUGCCGGCGCCCGUAAUAAAGCUUGGACUGCCUGUGGUUAGAUGGCAGAACAAUAAAAUCCCUUUGCUCUCGGGAAUUGAAUUCUUUCUCAUGUAAAACAAUUUUAUUGUUCCUGCCGUCACUUGGUGGUGCAAAACCUGUAUAAAAGGUAGACCUUUCUGAAUGAAGUUUUUGAAAAUCUAAAGUAAACAACACUUGGCACAUUCGAUAAUGCCUGUAUCUAGGUUGCUCUAAAAUAUAAAAACAGAUAAAAUUUAUCACAAAUUACAUGGCUUGCGAACUUGCCAGGACAGAGGACCGUUAAGGUAUGUCUCAUUAAGGACAAAGAAAACAAAACUAAACACUUCGUAGGUCUUCAUAUCGUAUCGCAAAAAAUACCAUAUUUUUUCUCUUCUUGGCGAGUUAAUAGCAUAAUUAUGCAGCUUCUCAUUAAUCCCAUAUUGAUGGUUUUCAACCAUUCCCAAGAGAAUUAAAUAACAAAAGACAUGGCGGCCAUGUUGGAGGAUAUAA